UCUCUGUCUCUCUCUCCAUGUCUAUGUCUCUCUCUCUGUCUCUGUCUCUCUCUGUCUCUCUCUCCAUCUCUCUGUCUCUCUGUCUCUCUCUGUCUCUCUCCAUGUCUCUGUCUGUCUCUCUCCGCCUGCCCUCCGCGCUGGCGGCACGCGCCAGCUCCGCCCAGCGGUACCUCGUGCGCCUGGGCAAGCACGAGCUGGGGCGCAGCGAGCCGGGGGAGGUGAACUCCGCCGUGUCCACCACGCACGUCCACCCCUCCUGGGACGAUAACCCCAUGAAGGGGUUCGACAUCGCGCUGCUGGAGCUGCGCGUGGCGGUGCCUCUGGGCGCCUCCAUCGGCCUCGUGCCGCUGCCGGGGCCCGGGGGGGCCGCGCUGGGGCCCGGGGCCACGUGCGUGGCCACCGGCUGGGGCAGAGUCCAAGCGGACGGGCCCCUGUCGCCGCAGCUGCGCGAGGCGGAGCUGCCCAUUGUGACGUCAGCGACGUGCGCGCAGGUCACGUGGUGGGGCGCGCUCGCCACGGAACGCGUCAUCUGCGCGGGCGACUCGCGCUCCGUGUGCAACGGAGAUUCGGGGGGGCCCUUGAGCUGCCGCGUGGGGGGGGCCGGCAGCGCGUGGCAGCUUCACGGCGUCACGAGCUUCGUGUCGGCCGCGGGCUGCGCGGCGCCACGCAAGCCGGCCGUGUUCACGCGCGUGUCGGCUCACGUGGAAUGGGUCGCUGACGUCACCGGGCUCGCGUCGUCAGCCACCAAUCGCCCGGCCGCCUCUCCCCCCCUUCUGCUGCUGCUCGCGCUGGCUCCUGUGCUAAGUUGGCCACGUGGUGGGUCCAUGACCGGGCGAACGACCUCCUGAGAGGUUCGCGGUGGGUCGCGUGGGAACCCCAAAGGACCUGGCAGGAGGAUGAAGAGGAUGAAGGGCCCGGAGUGGUUCCACCAUGGUUCGGAGUGACUUCACCAUGGUUCGGAGUGACUUCACCAUGGUUCGGAGUGACUUCACCAUGGUUCGGAGUGGUUCCACCAUGGUUCGGAGUGACUUCACCAUGGUUCGGAGUGACUUCACCAUGGUUCGGAGUGACUUCACCAUGGCUCGGAGUGGUUCCACCAUGGUUCGGAAUGGUUCCACCAUGGUUCGGAGUGACUUCACCAUGGUUCGGAGUGGUUCCACCAUGGUUCGGAGUGACUUCACCAUGGUUCGGAGUGGUUCCACCAUGGUUCGGAGUGGUUCCACCAUGGU